GAAACAGGUCCAGAAAUGGGCCGAGACAGUCUGUCCAUGGCAUCAGCGCCGCAGAGUAGCCGCUUCCUUUUACACUGCUUAGGCGAAGUCAUUGGUCCCGAGUCCUUGCCUUCAAGAGCCAUCGAAGGUCCCUUCGAGCUCUGAAUAAUAACUCUCUGGCCUUGGGCUUUCAGGGCCCCCCUUCUGGGUAUCCCUUAGCCCUCCAGUGGGCAGCAGCCGUAGCAGCAGCAACCCAUCUCCCUGAGGUCCGCGCGUUGCCCUCACCUCCCUGGAUUCCCGUCUCCAGACAAGUGCAGGUCGCUGAGAUCCUCGGUUUCCUAUGCCUUUCCCUUAAGGUGUUUUUUUUUCUUCUUCUUGGCUUUUUUUCCCCUUUCCCCUUUCUUCAAUGAAAUUCCUGCCAGCUAGAAAGGCAGGAGGGAGACGGGAGCGAGCCAGAGAGUAGAAACUUUCCUUGACUCCUCCUCCGCCUGUGUCUCCCUCCCUUGGCAAGCCCAGCCCGUGAAACUCCAGAACGAAGAUCACUCAACAAUGCCUGCCCCUCUCUGACUGCGCCGUCCCCACGCGCUGCGCCCGCCGAGCCGCCGCCGCCGCCGCCGCCGAGCUCAGCUCAGCCCGAGGCUGAGCCUGUCGCGACAGGGAGGGAGACCGCCCGGGAUCGGAGGCUGGCUGGGCUGCGGAGAGGGAGAGGGCUUGCAAGGGAACUUUGCCCGCCGUGCCCGUCAGGUGCCCUUCAACCUGCCGGCCGCCAAGAUGCCCACACUGGCCUCGCUCUGGGCUGUGUGGCUCUACGCUGUCGUGUGCCACGCCGGGACCCCCCAGCCGGGGCCAGCGCCUGCCUGCCCGGCUCCGUGCCACUGCGAGGAGGACCGCAUCAUGCUGUCGGUAGACUGCUCGGAGCUGGGACUUUCCGCGGUGCCUGGGAACCUGAACCCCCUGACGGCGUACCUGGAUCUGAGCAUGAACAACCUCACUGAGCUCCAACCCGGCCUCUUCCUUCACCUGCGCUUUUUGGAGGAGCUCCGUCUCUCCGGAAAUCACCUCUCCUACAUCCCGGGACAAGCAUUUUCUGGUCUCUACAGCCUGAAAAUCUUGAUGCUGCAGAAUAACCAGCUGAGCAGAAUCCCUGCUGAGGCAUUGUGGGAGCUUCCCAACCUCCAGUCUCUGCGUCUGGAUGCCAAUCUCAUCUCCCUGGUCCCUGAGAGGAGCUUCGAGGGGCUCUCCUCCCUCCGCCAUCUGUGGCUAGAUGACAACGUGCUCUCGGAGAUCCCCAUCAGGGCGCUCAACAACCUUCCCUCUCUACAGGCCAUGACCUUGGCCCUCAAUCGAAUCCGCCUCAUUCCUGACUAUGCCUUCCAGAAUCUCACCAGCCUUGUGGUGCUGCAUCUUCACAACAAUCAAAUCCAGCAUUUGGGUACCAACAGUUUUGAGGGACUGCACAACCUGGAGACACUAGAUCUGAAUUAUAAUGAGUUGCUGGAGUUUCCUGUGGCCAUCCGGACCCUUGGCAGACUCCAGGAAUUGGGGUUCCAUAACAAUAACAUCAAGGCCAUUCCUGAGAAGGCAUUUGUGGGGAACCCAUUACUACAGACUAUCCACUUUUAUGACAACCCAAUCCAGUUUGUGGGACGGUCAGCAUUUCAGUACCUGCCAAAGCUUCAUACAUUGUCACUGAAUGGUGCAACUGAUAUCACAGAGCUCCCUGAUCUCAAAGGCACCACCAGCUUGGAGAUCCUGACCCUGACAAGGGCAGGCAUCCGGCUGCUCCCCUUGGGGAUGUGCCAACAGCUCCCCAGACUCCGAGUCCUUGAACUCUCUCAUAAUCAUAUUGAGGAUCUGCCCAGCCUACGCAGGUGUCAGAAACUGGAAGAAAUUGGCCUCCAGCACAAUCAGAUGUGGGAAAUUGGUGCUGACACAUUCAGCCAGCUGAGUGCCCUUCGAGCCCUGGACCUGAGCUGGAAUGCCAUCCAAUUCAUUCACCCUGAAGCUUUUGUAACUCUCCACUCCCUCAUCAAGUUGGACCUGACGCACAAUCGACUGACCACGCUCCCACUGGCUGGACUUGGGGGACUGGUACAUCUCAAGCUCAAAGGCAACCCAUCUCUCUCUGAGGCCUUCUCCAAGGACAGUUUCCCGCAGCUGAGGAUCCUAGAGGUGCCCUAUGCCUAUCAGUGCUGUGCGUAUAGCACCUGUGCUGGCUUCUUCAAAGCUUCUGGCCAGUGGGAGGCUGAGGACAGUCACGUGGAUGAGGAAGAGGCCAUGAAGAAGCCCCCUGGUCUCCUUGGCAGUCAUACAGAAAGUCACUAUGAUCUUGACCUGGAUGAGUUCCAGCUGGAGAUGGAGGACUCCAAGCCACACUCGAGCAUCCAGUGCAGUCCUAGCCCAGGCCCCUUCAAGCCAUGUGAACACCUGUUGGAGAGCUGGGGCAUCCGGCUGGCCAUGUGGGUCAUCGUCCUCCUUUCUCUGCUGUGCAAUGGGCUGGUCCUUCUGGCCAUCUUCGUGGGCGGGCCUGCCCCGCUGUCCCCUGUUAAGUUUGUGGUGGGAGCCAUCGCGGGAGCCAACAUCCUCACGGGCAUUUCCUGCGGCCUCCUGGCCUGUGUGGACGCACUGACGUUUGGCCAGUUUGCCCAGUACGGGGCCCGGUGGGAGACGGGGCUAGGUUGCCGAGCCACGGGCUUCCUGGCCGUCUUUGGCUCCGAGGCCUCGGUGCUGUUGCUCACUCUGGCCGCUGUCCAGUGUAGCGUCUCCAUUUCCUGCGUCCGGGCGUUCGGGAAAUCUCCCUCCCUGAGCAGCGUCCAAGCUGGGGCGCUGGGCUGCGUGAUCGUGGCCGGGCUGGCAGCGGCGUUGCCCCUGGCCUCAGUGGGGGAGUAUGGGGCCUCUCCUCUCUGCCUGCCCUACCCGCCUCCCGAGGGGCGACCUGUAGCCCUGGGCUUCUCUGUGGCCUUGGUGAUGAUGAACUCUCUGUGCUUCCUGGUGGUCACGGGGGCAUAUAUCAGACUGUACUGCCACCUGCCCAGGGGAGACUACUUCGAUGCUGUGUGGGACUGCGCCAUGGUGCGGCACGUAGCCUGGCUCAUCCUCACCGACGGCCUCCUCUAUUGCCCCGUGGCCUUCCUUAGUUUUGCCUCCAUGCUCAGCCUCUUCCCAGUCACCCCGGAGGCUGUCAAGUCCGUCCUGCUCGUGGUGCUGCCCCUACCCGCCUGCCUCAACCCCCUCCUAUACCUGCUCUUCAAUCCCCACUUCCGGGAGGACUUCCGGCGCCUGCGCCCUCAGCGGAGGCUUCCGGGGCCGCUGGCCUAUGGCGUAGCUGACGAGCUAGAAAAGAGCUCCUGCGAUUCCACCCAGGCCCUGGUUGCCUUUUCCGAUGUGGACCUCGUCCUUGAGGCCUCUGGGGCGGGCCAUCCCCCGGGGCUGGAGGCCUAUGGUUUUCCCUCGGUCGCUUUUGUCUCCCGUCAGCAGCCUGGGGGCCCCAGGUUAGAGGGUGACCAUUUCGUAGGGCCUGAGAAUGGCUGUCUCGGGGGGCCUCAGGCCCACGCCACUGAUGGAGAACUGCUGCUGGGGGCAGAAGGGGUCACACCGGCGGGGAGCUUCCGGCCUUCCCUCCCAGCCUUUGCCUCCCACCUAUAACUGCCCAGGGCCCUUCCCCUUUUCUUCCCUCUCCAUCCCUUUAUCACCAUCUCUCCAUGUACAAUUGCUGCUUAUUAAAUAAAUAAAUCCAAAACAAAA